AGAGGGAGGGGGCGGGGGAGGGAGAGAGAGAGAGAGAGUGAGAGAGAGAGCUGCGUGGUCUGUCAGCUGUCCCCCUUCAGCAGCCUCCUCUCUCUGUGUUCUGAGAGCACGCCAGGAUGGAGCGGAUGGAGUCGAUGGAGCCGAUCUCGGCGCACUACACCACGGCGUACCCUGAGAUCCAUCCCGAUAGCGGCUACGAAUCCCGAGAGACGGCCGACAGCCAGGCAAAGACCCCCCCCGCUCCGACAUAUGACGAGGAAUUAGUGCACAAGACGAUCCUGGUCGGGGACAGCGGAGUGGGAAAGACGUCUCUGUUGGUGCAGUUUGAUCAGGGAAAGUUCAUCCCCGGCUCCUUUUCCGCAACAGUGGGCAUUGGAUUCACGAACAAAGUGGUGACCGUUGACGAUGUAAAGGUCAAACUACAGAUUUGGGACACAGCAGGACAGGAGAGGUUCAGAAGUGUGACACAUGCAUAUUACAGAGAUGCACACGCUUUGCUCCUCCUGUACGACAUCACCAGCAAAACCUCCUUUGACAACAUAAGGGCAUGGCUGACAGAGAUCCAUGAGUAUGCACAGAGCGACGUAGUCAUCAUGUUGCUGGGCAACAAGGCUGACAUGAGCAGCGACAGAGCCAUCCGGAGAGAGGAAGGAGAGCGGCUGGCCAGAGUGAGUUUUUCCUUCCGCUGUGCAAGCACAACUGAUGCUGCUGACUGUGCUGCUCACUGCUGUUUCUUCCUCUCCUUGUCUCCAGGAGCAUUCAGUUCCCUUCAUGGAGACAAGUGCCAAGACAGGAGUCAACGUAGAGCUGGCCUUCACGGCUGUGUCCAAGGAACUGAAGCACCGGGCCGUCCAACAUCCCAGUCAACCCAAGUUCCACAUUCAUGAAUACAUUGAAGCACAGAAGGAGAAAUCGGGCUGCUGCAGCAGCUACUUCUGAAUCUGUGUGGGAGGAAGCCCUGUAAACUACCGCUGCUCCCAGAAUACACCAUGACGCUGCCACUCACUCUGGACUGAGAGCCACAAGGAGAAACCGAGCUCUAGCCUCACGAUACCCACGGUUCCUCUGACGUGGACAGUUUACACAGCAUCUGAACAGUUGUUAUAGAAAUGCAAACAAAUAGUGUAAAAAGUUUUUGAAUUUGAUUAAAUGACCGUAUGCUAUUUGCUUUUUUUGUGAAAGAUCAUAACCGCCCUUGUGUAUGUGUGUUAGGUACAAACGAAACAGCUUGGCUGGUCUGGUCCAAAGUCUGAAAAUACUCCUCACCUCCAGAACUCUUAGACGCCAACACCCACCAACGAUGGGCUGACCAAUCAUCGGUGGGACUUACAUGCCCCGACAAUUAUUAUAGCUCAUAGCUUAGCAUGCUCGGCUAGUCUAACCACAUCUCGCUCACACUGAUUUUUUAUUUUUUUUUAGAUGUCAGGCUAAAAAUAGUAUUUCUACCUGCUGAUUUACCAAUAAAUCAAUGCUGAUGGAGGUACGAGAACGUUACAGACACACCAGUUAGCAGAAGGGGAAGAAACUGAAAACAGCAUCCACCCAUACACCACUGGCAUACGCCAGCAGAGCACACAGUCUUAGGGCCCUCUGAGUUUAAGUCACACACUGCUCCACCCUAAGUGUCAUGCAAUCCAGCAGGAGAUCCAGACCUAGACCAAACACUGUGCCAUGGAUGCAAUUCAACGCCAAGUACAUGAAGAAAAGCCCGGUCUCUUUAUGACACAGUCAGGCUGGGACAUUCUUGAUGAACUGUUUUGAGACGCUACAGUCGGCUGCUGGGACUCAAGUGUUUUGGUCCCCUGAAAUGUGUCUCUAAAGGAGGAGUCCUGCAUGACCCAACACAGCAUGAUCUACAAUGAUCUGGGGCCGGAGGUCCAAUGUGGUCCUUCAUGUAGGAAACAUCUCUGUAAAUAAUGGAUUUGUGAGAGUGAGCAGAUUUUUGAAAAAUAAUUUGAUAUGUUGGCCACAAUAUCUCCCUCCCCUUAUAUAAAAUAUAUUUAGCUUUAAUGGCUAGAUUAUGGACUUUGAAGCCUUGUUGCAUGUUUGCUGGACUGCAUGUACCAACUCUUAGAUAGUACCUCCAGAACAUAUUAAACUGUUAAUAUGCAGAAGACCAACAUAGUAUAAACCAAUAAUUAGAAUUUCUCUUCAGAUUUAAACUCAACUCUCAGGGUACUUUUUUUUUUUUUAAAUA